AAGGCACCUUCUGUUUUCCAGGGACGUUAAUGCCUAGUAAAUGCAGAUUGCUUAUCUGUAAUUGCGCCACACUGCAUGACCUAUAUACAAGCGAAACAAUUGUAGUGCUUUAAUGUGUUAAUUUCCUUUACAUUCCCAGCGCUGUCAACUUUGCGCUGUGACCACAGUGGCUCUGCUGUCGCACAGUGUUUCAUUACCCUCGACCCAUGACAAGUAAACAGUGACCAAAGUUAAAGCGCUUUGAAGAGGGCUGCCGUGACACACUGUUCCUUCACACAUGGAGGUUAGCUGAUCACAAAUCACCAAGCCGGGGACACAGAGACACCAUGGAUCUCCUGAGGCCUCCUCCAUUGACCUCUUCUGCUCUCCUCCAUUGACCUCUUCUGCUCUCCUCCAUUGACCUCCUCUGCUCUCCUCCAUUGACCUCCUCUGCUCUCGUCUCCUCUUCCUCCACCGAUACUCCCUCUCUCCACUCAUCCACCCCUCCCCCCUCAACGCCACCCCUCCCCCGUCCAUCCACCCAUCCUCUUGCGACCCCUCGUUGUGGCAUCAUGGCGGGGGAGAAGGGACCAGCCAGGCGGAGCGCCAUGGACAUAAAGCGCCUGGCAGGGUUGAUCCAGAGGGGAGCGGGGCGCCUGCUGGUGAUUGACAGCAGGACCUUCUCGGAGUACAACGCGUCCCACAUACAGGGGGCGGUCAACGUGUGCUGCUCCAAGCUGGUGAAGCGGCGAUUGCAGCAAGACAAGGUGUCCGUCACCGAGCUACUGCAGCCCAAUGGCAAGGUCAAGGUUGAGAUGGGCAGGAAACAGGAAGUGGUGAUGUACGACCAGAGUUCCAAAGAGGCGGUGCAACUAUCCAAAGAUAGCUUUGUCCACAUCCUACUGGGCAAGCUGGAGGGCACCUUCCACCGAGUCUCUCUGCUCACCGGGGGCUUUGCUGCGUUCUCCUCCUGUUUCCCCGGGCUGUGUGAGGGCAAGCCAGCUUUGCCUAUGAGCAUAUCCCAGCCCUGCCUGCCGGUAGCUAACGUAGGCCCCACACGCAUCCUACCACACCUCUACCUGGGGUCGCAGAAAGACGUCCUCAACCAGGACCUGAUGGUUCAGAAUGGCAUCACGUACGUGCUGAAUGCCAGUAACACCUGUCCCAAGCCUGACUUCAUCAGAGAGAGCCACUUCAUGCGGAUCCCUGUCAACGACAACUACUGCGAGAAGCUACUGCCCUGGCUGGAGAAAACCAAUGAAUUCAUUGACAAAGCCAAGGUGUCAAACUGCAGAGUCAUUGUGCACUGCCUGGCUGGAAUCUCACGCUCGGCAACCAUCGCCAUCGCAUACAUCAUGAAGACAAUGGGCCUGUCAUCGGAUGACGCCUACAGGUUUGUGAAGGACCGGCGGCCUUCGAUAUCGCCCAACUUCAACUUCUUGGGCCAGCUGCUGGAGUUCGAGAAGGGGCUGCGGCUCCUCCAAGCCCUGUCGGAUGACAAGACCUCUGAGGGCAAAAGUCAAUCCCAGGGUUCAGAGGUCAACGGGGUCAGCUCAGGUUCAGAGGUCAACGGUCAUCAUGACUUUUCAUUAGCAGAGCCCCCGACCCCUUCAGAACCCAAGCUCCCCUCGCCGACCUCCCUCCAGCAGGGCUUCAACGGCCUCCACCUGUCAGCCGAGCGCAUCCUGGACACCAACCGGCUGAAGCGCUCUUUCUCCCUGGACAUCAAGUCUGUGUACUCCCCUAGCAGCCCACACUGCCCGCGCCUGGCAGCGCCCACACACUCCGAGGAUGUGCCCAAGCUGUGUAAACUGGACAGCCCCCCUGUCAACGGCAUCUGUCCCCAGUUCUCCCCCGCCCCGGACAGCCCUGGCUCAGCCGAGUCGCCCUUCCCCUCCCCGGGGUGCGGCGGUAGCAUCGGAGGUCUCGGCGUCGGGGGUCCCAGUGAAGGGGGUGUUCGCUCUGGAGGUCCCUCAUUGUCCAGGCCCAGGAGGAAAGCCAAGCACGGCUCUGGAUCUGGUGGAGCUGGAUCCACAAGCAACUCCCCGGUCCACUCCUACCUCCCACACCCCCAGUCCCUCAGCCUGGCUCUGGGACGCUCCCUGCCCGUCCACAAGAGCCCCAGCCUGGACGACAGCCUGAAGGGCUCCAUGCUUCUCUCCCUGCCCACCAUGGGAUCUGGGACCAUGUGGACCAAACACAGAGACACAGUCCAGGCGACCACCCCAGUCACCCCUACCACCGACACCCCCUGGUACUUUGGGACAGAAGAGGUAGGGCAAGGAGGGAUGGAACUCGGAGGCGGCGGUGGAGGAGGGGUGGAAGUGCGAUUCGGAAGCAGCUCAGCGUACGUGGCGUUCGGGUGUAGCGAAGGGGUGCGGCUACGGGAGAAAGUGCCGCGGGACAAAACGGCGUCGUCGUCGUCAGCGUCGUCAUCAUCCUCGACGACCGUUGCUAAUGGGACGGGCUCCAACAGCAACGACAAGCAGUUCAAGCGGCGCAGCUGUCAGAUGGAGUUUGAGGAGGGCAUCUCCGAGACACGUUCCCGGGAGGAGCUAGGGAAGAUUGGGAAGCAGUCUAGCUUCUCCGGGAGCAUGGAGAUCAUCGAGGUAUCUUGACAAACCGGACUCCGGACCACAACCUGCUCGCCCAAGGAGGGAGGCAAAUGGACCUGAGGGGGGAGGACAUAGGGGGGAGAUUUAUAAUCCCUACGCAGACCGUGUUAAAGACUCAAACUCUGAGAAGACAAACAAAUGGAAAGAGAGUUUCUGUGACUAGACAUGAGGUUCAACUGUCAAUUUACUACUACUGUACAUCUACAGUACUACCAAACAAAGCUCUAAAGAGAGAAACUCUGGGGAAGAUGGAGGCUGUGGGGCCUGACACUGAACUAUGAACUAUUUCCUCUGUAUGGUGUCAGCUAGACAAAAAGGGACUCUGGGGCAAGUCACAAAGGGCUCCCUAUCCCCCAUAUAGUGCACUACUUUUGAACAAAUGUCACCAAAAGUAUAGCACUAGUUGGGUUAUAGGGUGUCAUUUGAGACAUAUAGCCAAGCGGUUUCCUCCUAAAGCUUGACUUCAGCCCCAGUGAACCCCAGCAUGGCUCAGUCUGCCCCACCAUUCAUUAAAAAGACUUUGAAAGCGCUACAUACCCCAGAAACACAGCACAUCACACUGCAGUGAGAUACCAUUCAGUGUCUACUAAGUGACUAUACCGGUGAUACUGCAUCAAAACAGUGAAGGAUCCUCGUUGUUGGCGUGUCAGCCCAGCAUGGUCCACGAGGACUCAUGGUGACCGAUAAAGACUGACAGUGUAUUUUCCCCACAAUCCUCUUCUGCUCCCUUGUUUCCAGUGUUAAACGGUGUGACGUGACUGAGGUUUGGGGCGGUGGGGAGGGGAGGGGUUAGGUCUAAGUUACGACCUCCCUGUAGUGGCGUUCUGUACACGCAUGUCUCCCUCCACAUACCCCACCCCCCUGUGUAUACCCCACCCAUGCCCCCCCUUCUCCCAGCCUCUACUGAGCAUGCUCCAGAGUGGCUGGCCGACAGACAGACAAAUACUAUAUGAAUAUAUAUAGCAAUUUUAAUGGACUUUUAAUCAACAAUUUUUUUCUCAUAGUUUUAAUUUAUUUUAUCUGUUCAUUCUGGUAAUGAGAAAUAAUCAUGUUUUGUGGACUUUUUCCUUUGUUAAUCUCAGUUUUCGUUGAAUGGUAUUUAUGAAACACAUACACAUGCAACAACACACACAAAACUACAAGCAAUAUGUGAUGUUCAUUAUAUGGAGGGAGAGUGAUGUAUUUUGGGUUUCAUCUGACAUUAAAAUGCACUUUUCUGUCACUCUCUUCAAAAACAAGUAUCCCAUCCACUUCCUAAGGGCACCAACACGCUCUAACCCCUGGUGAUAUAACCAGACACGUGGUAUGGUGAAGAACAGUCAUCUGAGGGGUUUCUAGCUACUUCCCUAUGAGCACAACACGUUUGAAAGACAUUGAAAAGACGUACACAACAUGUAUUUUGGCUUGUAAAGACAUUGAAAAGACGUACACAACAUGUAUUUUGGCUUGUAAAGACAUUGAGAAGACGCUGAAAUACAUAUUUUCCACGUCUUGUGCUCACUGUGUCGACUCUUCAGUUGUGUGUAUUUAUGAUGUUUAUUUUUUUGUGAUCGUGGGCUCCUACAGUUAUUAGGGUUAUCUACUGGGAGACUGUUCGUGUGAGGAGACUGAAGAACCUUAUUCAACCCAGUGCUCUUCUAAAGAGCAGCAUUAUUGUAGGAAGGACUGUUGAUUUCUCGAGGGCUACGGACAACAACUACUGGUAUAUGCAAGUAGAUCCACACAUUUGACAAUAUUAGAGACAUCCACCCAAGAGUGCUAGACUCAUUCUGUUGGCUAGUUUCCACACACACACACACACACACACACACACACACACACACACACACACACACACACACACACACACACACACACACACACACACACACACACACACACACACACACACACACACACACACACACACACACACACACACACACAGGAUUACACAGUGUUGGGAUGUGAGAGGAGCCCAAAGCUGAAACAAACCCCCUCCACACACACAAAGAUACACCGCCACCUUUCGUUUGUUCUCAGGGGAUCUUUCAGUGAGCCAAGCCCGGAGCAGGAUACACAACUGCUGGCACAUCAGCACAAUGCAUGUCCCCCUCACUCCCUCGCUCUCUCUCUAAUCGCGCUCACUCUUGUUUUCCAAAGGUAUGAUAAAAAAAACAAAAUGGAAGGGAUGAAACUCGAAUGGAUUUGUUGUGAUUCAGAGGUGAAUGAAUGAAUGCUAUUGCUCUCCUGGUGCGAGAUUGUCUAUUUAUUUAUGAUGUACGUAUAUGUGUUUCUUUUCUUUUUCUUCGGUUAUCUUUUCUCUAUGGCGAACUUUGACCUUUGACCUAUACCUUUGUGCUGCUGUAAGGUCAGACCUGGAUUUCCUGUGUUCAGUUCUCUUCCUAGCCUUUCCUUCUACUCUCUCUAUUUUUUAAAAGAUGUUAUAAUUAUUUUAAAACGUGUUAAGAGAAGAUGCAGGCUGUCCCGAUUGCUAUAAUUGUUGGUAUUGAUGUAUUAUUAUUAUUAUUAUUAUUAUUAUAUAAUUAUUAUUAUGUUGUGUAAAUAGCAACGUAUCUAAGAACAUUGAUGAGUUUAGGUAAGUUUUGAAAAGAAAAUCCUGAUACCUUAGGCUGCUUGACGCAAAAUACCUCAGGUUCCAUUGAAAGGCUUUUCCUUCCCCUGUACCUGUUUUGUGAAAAUGAGACAAAAAUGCAAACAUUACAAAAAUAUGAACUGUU